AUGGAGGAAAGGGACCGCUCCGCUGGGGAGUAUUUUGUGCAGAGGAGAGUUCUGGAUGAAGUUCGUCUGGAUGAAGUCGCACAAAAAGGGACGUGGGCCACCAAACCAACCAUGGGUGAACGGAUGAAAGAGUCCCUGAGGUGUUCGGUGCCCAGACUGAAGCACACGGCGCUGAGCUGGAUCCCCGUUCUCAGCUGGCUACCUCGCUACUCCGUCAGAGAGAAUGCCAUCGGAGACCUGAUCUCUGGCUGCAGUGUGGGCAUCAUGCAUCUGCCUCAGGGCAUGGCCUACGCACUGCUGGCUUCCUUGCGCCCGGUGUUCGGACUUUACACUUCCCUGUACCCGGUGCUGGUCUAUUUCAUCUUCGGUACCUCCAGACACAUCUCCAUAGGUACAUUUGCCGUGAUCAGCAUCAUGAUUGGGAGUGUGACAGAGAGGCUGGGUCCGGACACAGACUUCAUGGUGAAUGGCACCAACGGGACAGGAAGUGUGGACCUUGAUGCACGGGACGGAUUCAGAGUGCAGAUCGCGUGCUCCCUCACGGUGUUGACGGGAAUCUUUCAGAUCCUGUUGGGUGUGGUGAGGUUUGGUUUCGUGGUCACCUACCUCUCUGAGCCGCUGGUUCGAGGCUACACCACGGCUUCAGCGUGCCAUGUGUGUGUGUCCCAGCUCAAGUAUCUGUUUGGAGUCACGCCGGCUCGCUUCACCGGUCCUCUCGCCCUCAUUUAUACUCUGGUGGAUAUUUGCCGGCUGCUGCCGCAGACUAGAGUACCAGAGCUGGUGGUCAGCCUGGUUGCUCUGUCUGUCCUCAUUGUUGUCAAAGAAAUCAAUGCCUGCUACAGACAGAAGCUGCCUCUUCCCAUCCCCAUAGAGAUCAUAGUGAUUAUAGCAGCAACAGUCAUCACCCACUUCUGCGGACUAACAAGCAAAUACAGCGUUGAUGUGGUCGGAGAGAUUCCCAGUGGGCUGAAAGCCCCUCGAGCUCCAGAUGCCACGUUGUUCUCACAGGUGAUAGGCGAUGCUUUUGCCGUCGCCAUAGUGGGCUAUGCCAUCAACAUCUCUCUGGGCAAAACAUUCGCCCUCAAACAUGGCUACAAGGUGGAUAGUAACCAGGAGCUGGUUGCUUUGGGUCUCAGUAACACUGUCGGUGGCUUCUUUCAGUGUUACUCUGUGACGUCCUCCUUGUCUCGCAGCCUCGUCCAGGAGAGCACAGGGGGCAAGACACAGGUUGCGGGGUUGAUUUCGUCCAUCAUCGUGCUCGUCACAGUUUUGAAAAUAGGUUCUCUCUUUUCAGAUCUCCCCAAGGCUGUCUUGUCCACAAUAGUGUUUGUGAAUUUGAAGGGAAUGUUCAAGCAGUUCACGGACGUGCCUCUGCUUUGGAAGACCAACAAGGUUGAUCUGCUGGUGUGGGUGGUCACAUUCAUCAGCACCAUCCUGCUCAACCUGGACCUUGGUCUGGCUGUCUCCAUUGGCUUCUCCAUGCUCACCGUCAUCUUCAGGACGCAACUCCCCCGCUACUCCAUCUUGGGCCACAUUUCAGGCACUGACCUGUAUUUGGACACGGAAACCUACAAGGAGGCUAAAGAGAUCCCAGGAAUUAAGAUCUUCCGUUCCUCGUCGACCAUCUUCUACACCAAUGCUGAAAUGUACUUGGAAGCCCUGCAGGAGAAGAGCGGAAUUGAAAUCGGGAAGCUGCUGACCGCGAAGAAGAAACAAGACGCAAAGCUGAAGCGUGAACAAAAGAAAGCUAAAAAUGAGGCAAAUAAACAAAUUAAAGCAGCAAGCCACCUGCCUGGCAGCAAACUCUCAAAGACUACGGCCGAGAGGAAAGUCUCCGCCGUACAGAAGGGACACCGUCGGGGGGAUGUCGUCCUCUCGAGCCAGACGGAAACCUGCACGAAUGAACGUGUGAACUGGGCCUACCAGCACGAUGCGGCCGUGAAGGACUUGUACGAGGCAAAGGCGCCGCACCACAGCGAGGAGGCAGAGGGGAGGCCCCACGGAUCGGCCACGCACAGCGUCAUCCUGGAUGUCUCCACCACCAGCUUCGUGGACACGGUUGCUGUGAAGACCUUGAAAAAUAUAUUCAGGGACUUUGGAGAGAUUGAUCUGGAUGUCUAUCUCGCCGGCUGCCAAGCGUGUGUAGUGGAGCAGCUGGAGACGGCAGGUUUUUUCUCGGAGUCCCUCCCAAAGAGCCGGCUGUUUGUCAGCGUUCACGACGCCGUGCUUCACAUUUUCAAGACGCUAGGCCGGAUGGACUUCGUUGUUGAUGUGUCCUGCAGCACUCAGAUGUGACCAGCAGGGGUCAGACUGUCCCAUCC